AUGACCAACACCGCACAGCCUCGCAAAGAUGGCUCCUCAGAUUUCCUCUCUCAGUAUGAGCAUAUCUGUGCGCUCCAGGGCUUGGUGCCUCUCCCCGCCGUGAGGACCAGCCUGAAGAUGGGUACUCUGGGCUUUAACGCGGAUCGCCUCCGCCUUCUGGACUGGGUGCCUUUACUGAGCGCCCUGAGGAUCAACAAAACCCUGCCUUCCGUCUCCAUCAGGAGCACCUUUCAGCCAUCCUUGCAAGACGCUCUGAUUGAGAAGCAUAAAUCCUACUCGAGAAGGCGCAUCCCUGCCGUCACUACUAAAGAAGUCACAAUCCAGUUGUGUAAAGCUAUCAAAGGCUGCUUAACCACCUCUACAUCUCUGACCAACCUCGAGUUUCAGGGAAUCCUUUUAAGAGGACGAGAUAUAAUGUUCUUAGCCAAGGGAUUGAAUAAAUCAGCAUCCCUGGUACACCUCUCUCUGGCGUUUUGUCCAAUUGGAGAUGUAGGUUUAGAAAUUCUCUGUCAAAAUAUAAGGAGUGUAACUACCCUGAAGACUGUAAACUUCACUGCGUGCAAUCUUACUUGGCGGGGAGCAAAGCAUAUAUCCAAUGUCUUAAAAUACCAGGCAGUGAAAAGACACGAGGAAGUUUGGACGGCCAACCUUCGUAGCAGGAAUGCUGAUCUGGAGGGCAUGGGUGGCUUGAAGCGAGUCACUUUCAAUUCCAACCCACUCGUAGGCGAUCAAGGUGCCCAUGCUUUUGCAGACUCGAUUUGUGACAAUUUAUGGCUGAGAGCUCUUGACCUGCAGUUGUGUGGAAUUAGCAGUGGGGGUGCCAAAGCUUUACUAGAUAGUCUGGAAUCCAACGCAACUCUGGUGAUUCUGGAUAUAAGAAAAAACCCACUUGUCGAUCAUUCUUUGAUGAGGGCAAUUGUUGACAAACUUAACCAUAAUGCAAAGAGUACUAAAUCAGAGUUUAAGUGGUUAAGUUCUUCCUCUUUAAAGGAUUUUUUCAAAAGCAAACAGAAAAGAAGAACUAUAAUUUUGGGAAGUGGACGAAAAGGAAAAGCUACUAUUCGAAUUGGCAUACCAUCAAAGAAACCUAUAUUGACUGGAAGAAGAUAUGUCCCAGCAAAAGAAUUUUAUGCCCCAGAUGCACUACCAGGUGUACCUUGGCGUGCAGCAGAACGGGCAAAGAGGUAUAGGGGUUUCCCACAGAUCAAAAACAGAGAUAUAUCUUGUUGA